GAAGGAACUGCCCAUGCUCACAUGGCUCAGCAUGAGUGGAUGCAGUGAGCUCAAGUCGCUCAAGGGAAUGCCUGAGAUGCCAAAGUUGGAGAAACUCCUUCUCCCCAAGUCCAUCGAGUCCCUUGAAGACAUGCCGAACGAGCUGCCCAUGCUUGAAAGGCUCAGCUUGAAAGAAUGUAACCAAUUGAAAUCGCUCGAGGAAAUAUCCGAGAUGCCACAUCUGAAAGCGCUUGUGCUCCCCAAGUCCAUUGAGUCCUUGGAAGGCAUGCCAAACGAGCUGCCUCGCCUGACAUGGUUCGACCCGAGUGAAUGCAGUGAACUCAAGUCGCUCAAGGGAAUGCCUGAGAUGCCAAAGUUGGUGACGCUGAAGCUCCCCAAGUCCACCGAGUCCCUUGGAGGCUUGCCGAGGGAACUGCCUUCGCUAAAGCUCCUCACAUCCCCAUGAUCUAUUGGACUCGCGUCUCUUGGUUGGCCGUCAGCGGUGCCGAUGUUGCUUGAGCUCGACAUUCCAACCGGCAUUGAGGCCCUCGUCGAUGUUCCCGAGGAGCCUCCGUCCUCACCAAGCUCACUAUCUCCUCGCGCAAACCCCACACCAUUGAGCCAACUCCCAAGGAUGCCAAAGCUCAAUCAUCUCGUCCUCUCAAGUCAAUUUGUGAGCCUGGCCGAUUUGCAUGUCAGUCAAAGCUCCCUCACAGUCCUCGAUUUGCAUGCUUGCUGCGAAUUGGCGUCGUUGGAUGACAUUCCCUCGUAUCUCAAGCUCGAGAUUCUUCACUCCCCUCGAUCGAUUCGCAGAAUCAGCGGACUGGUCGACAAGCUUCCCUCUCUCAAGACACUGUAUUUGGAUUCAAGUAUGAGGCCAUUCAAUCGGUCCUUGUUGGAUGGUAUGUUUGGCCGAUAUGCUGACUCUUUCGGACUUCGAAAGAUAAUAUCAGGACUACCGAAGGGAUGUCGAGCUGUGUUCAACGAUUCGGUCGAGUACACUUUUGGCCGAUUCUCGAGGUAGCUCAGCAUGGAGCUGCUCAAUGUCAUGUGUUCAUUCUCCAGGUUUUACUCUCUAUGUUUUCCAUUCCACUCCGUUUCGGCUUGUUUCUUCCAAUUCAAAUUUCUUCCUCACACUUCCGACAUCUCACUUCGUCCGAUCGGAUUGUGUGAUAUUCGUAUUGGAGGACGGCUCUGGUGCUGUGGUGUGAGACGAUCCUGCUUUGUUGCUGUCAAACCCGAAGCGAGUCCAAAUCCCUCACAAUCUAUGACAGUCCACAC